AUGGUAAGUGGAAAGAGGCACAAUGGAGAUAAGAAGUGGAAUUUUGAUAGUUUGAUUAGAGAGAGUUUUCUUCCUAAAAUGUUGGUUCAUACAGUUGAUUUUUUACCUGUUUUACAAUGGACUGAUUAUCAAGGUACUGAGAAGAAGUUGAAGCAAGUGAGGAAAAAUAAAGAUGCUUUUUUGGAUGAGUUGAUACAGGAGUAUCCAAAUAGUAGCAGCAGAGCAGACCAUGAUGUUGAUGAAAGAAAGACCGAACAUAAAUCAUUGAUCGAAGUUCUCAUGUCCCUACAACAAGAUGAACCAGAAACGUACAAUCACGAAGUUGUUAAAGGCAUCCUUGGGGCAGUUUUUAUGGCUGGAAUUGAAACAACAAGAGCCACAAUGGUUGCAGCAGUAUCACUUCUAGUGAAAAACCCUGAAGCUUUAAUAAAGUUACGAGACGAGAUAGACUUCCAUGUAGAAGUAGGUCGUAUUAUAUCCGAGUCAGAUCUUCCAAAGUUACGGUACCUUCGGUGUGUUAUGACAUUCCAUCCUAAAUGGUGGGAUGAACCAACUAAAUUUAAACCAGAGAGAUUUGACCGUGAAAGCGUUAUGAAGGGAGGGAAAAUGGAUGGAUUUCGGUGGAUUCCAUUUGGGGAGGGUCGGAGGGGAUGUCCUGGUUCAGGGAUGGAUUUUCGAGUCACUUCACUGGCCAUUGAUGGUCUAAUUCAGUGCUUGGAGUGGAAAAAGGCUGACGAUUAUGAUAAAAUUAUUGAGGAAAAAGGGGAUGAACCUUCAUCAAGGGCUAUGUGUAGACCUCGGUCGGUUAAGAAGGAUAUUCUAUCUCAAAUUUGA